GAAGGUAUUCUGAGGAAUUUUGAGUUCUAGAAAUUAAAGUGUCGACAAGAACGUCAUGUGUAUUUAAUCUCAGAAAAAACAUAAUGAUCUGGACACUGGAUGGCCGUUCCCAGCAAUAAUAUAUCCAAGUGGGGCCCGAUUUCUGGUGAGGACAACAUCCAAAAUCUCAUCAUGCCGACCUAAAAAGUAGAACAAGGAAUGAACUAUAAACUUGGGCGGUCUGCCAUUCUACAAUGCCUGAUCAAGACAAAAAGGUGAAAAAAACUGACAAGACAAGUGAGAAGAAAGCAAAAGACAGAGUUGAAAGAGAGACUUCAGACCUUAGAAGACUCUUGGAUCUUCUUAGUGCUUCAGCAAGCAAACAGCAGUUUCCUUCAGUGAACUAUGGAAAGGCCCGCACCAGUCUUACAAAAUCAUACCACCAAACCACUUUGUCAAGAAGUAGUGCCAGCCAAAAGCGAAAUUCAAACAAACACUUCACAGAGGGAGAAGAGCUUGAAAACUUUAGUGUGACUUACAGAAAUGAAAGGAAAUUUUCAAGUCAUCCACAGCAAAAACUGUUUCUUGAAAUCUUCACAGCGCUGGUAAAGAACCGGCUAAUUUGCAGAGAGUGGGUCAAUCAAAGUCAACCAGAGAACUUCCUCUGUGUGUUAAUAUGCCUGCGACUACUCAUGAGAGAGCCUCUGUAUCAGAAAGUGUUUCAUGAACUUGAAGGAGUACAUAGUCUUGCCCAGUACAUGGAAACGGUUACAAACAGAUACCUUGAAAGUGGAGAAGAACUCUUUCUUGUAGAAAGACUCGUCAAUAUUACAUACAUUUUUCAAAAACUUGCAGCAGCUGAAGACCAGCGUGCAUGGAUCAUUGAAUCUGGAGCCCAUAAGACGCUGGUAAAACUCCUUGCAGCCACAGACAACAAUGUACUGUUAGGUUCACUUUUAGCCCUCACCAGCCUGGCUGAAAGCCAUAUUUGUAAAGAGAAGAUUGGGGAGCUUACUGUUGUAGAAAACCUGUUGAUGAUACUACAAGAGUAUGAUAUGCUGUCCAAAAGGAUGGCAGCAGAAUUACUUCGACUACUCUGUGCCGAUCACCAAGUGAGAGAGCAGAUAAAGAUUUAUGAAGGAAUCCCCAUUCUGCUGAGUCUUCUUCACUCAGAACACCUCAAACUUGUGUGGAGUGUCGUAUGGAUCUUGGUGCAACUUUGUGAGGAUCCUGAAAGCAGCACAGAGAUAAGGAUUUGGGGAGGCAUCAAGCAGCUUCUUCACAUUCUACAGGGUGAUCGAGAUUUUGUGUCUGAUCGAUCUUCAAUCAGCAGUUUAUCUAGUGCAAAUGCUGCUGGAAGAAUUCAACAGCAGCACAUAUCAGCAGAAUUAACUCCUCAAGAAAUACAGGAAAACACUGUGUCGCUUCAAGCAGCUUGCUGUGCUGCUUUGACAGAGCUUGUGCUUAAUGACACAAAUGCACAUCAGGUUGUUCAGGAAAAUGGGAUUUAUAUAAUAGGAAAAUUAAUUCUGCCGCACAAGCAAAAAUCUCUUCCAAAAGAAGAAUUACUGCAGUGCUAUGCAUUCAGAGCUUUACGUUUCCUCUUUAGUAUGGAAAGAAACCGACAUCUGUUCAGAAGACUCUUUUCUACAGAAAUGUUUGAGAUGUUCAUUGAUAUCGGGCAUUAUGUGCGGGAUAUCGCAGCCUAUGAGAAACUAGUGGCUGCAUUCCACAAUCUUUCAGAUGAUGAAUUAUAUCAAAUAAAAGAAAACAUUGAAGCUGUCAACCAGAAUAAAACUCCUACAAAAAUAAUAAAUGGUUAUGCAAUUCUAGACCACCUUGGAAGUGGAGCCUUUGGCAGCGUUCAUAAGGUACGAAAACAAGGUGGACAGAAUUUAUUUGCCCUUAAAGAAGUUAACUUGCAUAAUCCUGCUUUUGGAAAAGACAAAAAGGACAGAGACAGCAGCGUGGAGAAGAUUGUUUCUGAACUGACUAUUAUCAAAGAACAGCUAAACCACCCGAAUAUUGUGCGGUAUUACAAGACAUUCUUAGAAAAUGACCGUCUGUUUAUUGUUAUGGAGUUGAUAGAAGGAACUCCCCUCGGAGAAAACUUUAAUUCUCUAAAGGAAAAACAACAGCAGUUUACAGAGGAGCGGAUAUGGAGCAUAUUUAUACAGAUUUGUUUAGCACUGCGAUAUUUGCACAAAGAGAAACGAAUUGUACACCGAGACCUCACGCCAAACAACAUCAUGCUGGGAGAGAGGGAUAAAGUCACGAUAACUGACUUUGGUCUUGCAAAGCAGAAGCAAGAAAACAGCAAGCUCAUGUCUGUGGUUGGGACUAUUCUGUAUACCUGCCCAGAAAUUGUGAAGAAUGAGCCUUAUGGAGAAAAAGCUGAUGUCUGGGCCGUGGGUUGCAUCCUUUAUCAAAUGGUUACUCUGAAUCCACCUUUCUACAGUUCAAACAUGCUUUCAUUGGCAACCAAGAUAGUGGAGGCUGUUUAUGAACCAGUCCCUGAAGAUGUCUACUCUAAAAAAGUGACAGAUAUCAUUACGUGGUGCUUAACCCCAGACCCCGACUUACGACCAGACAUUAUUGAGGUUAGUGCCAGGAUUUCGGAUGUCAUAAUGAAGUAUGUUGAUGGACUGGGCUCAACGCAGAUAUCCAUGGAGAGAAAACUGGAAAGGGAAAGGAAACGUACCCAGAAAUAUUUUUUAGAAGCUAAACGGAGUGCUUUGAGUUUUCGGCACCAGUUUUCCUUGUUUUCAGAGGGUCAGUGUGAUAACUCAAGCAGUCUGAAUAAAAGUGGAGCCUCCAGUCUGAGGGUCGACUCAGAAUCACAUGAAGGGCCAUCAUACAUUUUUCAAAGUACCACAGUCAAAGAUGGUGAUGUUAAAGUGAGUGAAAAAGAUGUAUCAGAAGAUAACUGCUCUUUGGAGGUCACUGAAAAAGAUGUUGGUUCUGAUGAAGAUUUGGACAUGUCUGACACCUCUAAUAGUUCCAGUAAAGACCAAACCCUCAGAUCAAUAAAAAGAAGCAUUAGUGCAUCUGAAACAGAGACCCAGCGCUACACUAGGAUCAAAGACCUUUCAGUUUCAAACAUAAAGCCGAGACCAGCAUCUGCUGGAAUCUCGGUGUCCCAAAAGAAAGUGCGUCAGAUAAGUGAUCCUAUUCAAAUGAUUCUCCUUCAGCUGCACAAAGUUAUCUAUAUUACACAGCUGCCACCAGCGUUACAUCAAGACUUCAGAAGGAGGGCCAUUGAAAGGUACAAAAAGCUGCUGUUCUGUCCACAGAGCAAUCCAUACCAGUUGAAAGUGGAAAUGAAAAAGAUUUUGCAGGGUUCUCCUGAGUUGAUUGAGCCCAUCUUCUUAAAUACAGAUUAUCAUUUUCUAUGUCAGUCUAUAGGAGGAAACUCAGUAAUCCCAGAGGACAGGACAGGUGGCUGCACUGGGGUGGAUUACCAGGAAGGAGUCACGUAUGAGCAGAUGCAGACCAUGAUUGAAGAGGUUCUCCAAGAGAAUGGCUACUACAGUGCAAUGCCAUGCAGGAAUCUUUCCAGUCCAUGGGGAAGCCGGGGUCUUCCUGCUACAAAGAGAUAAAUAUGUUCCAUGAAGUCUUUUGACAAUGUUUAAAGCUAAAGUUAU